GUUGAUGCACAUCUUGUUUUGGUCGACAGGCAGUGCUCAAGCCCCAACUAGUGGUGAAAAUGUGUUUAUUGCUCCCAUAAGAGCUUUAAAAAUAGCACUGAAAGUUUAAAGUAUAUACUAAAACUAAACUGGAUAGCCUAGGUAAUAGGAUUCAGCCUUAGGAUGGCUGAACUACACAGUUAAACAUCUCUUUCUUUUUAUCACCAGUGUCUGCGUCCUGAACGACAUUUCAGGACAACUUGGAGUCCAGGUGGAGACUGCUCCUGAUGGUGGCACUCUUCCCUCAGUUGCCGCUGAGAAAGACUUACACACCGUGAAAGAAGACAGCGGAGAAGUAUUUCUGACCUCUUCUGCCACAGAAGAGAGUUUAAAGAGAACCAUGGAAGUGGCAAAUACGGAACCUGGACACCAAGAUGUUUCCUGCACACAAUCUUCUCCUGAGUCAGGAAAAAAUGAGACUUUUAAAAGCAUAAAAAACAUGUGUGGGUUAAUCCUGUCUCAACUGUUUCAUAAGGCUGAAUUCAACCGUCCAGGACUCAACCACUCAGCAAAGCCUUCUUCAAGUACCAAGAAAACCAUCCCCAAACAGGAGCUGGUCUGCUUUGGGUUACCCAACCUGGGCAUGACUUGCUACAUGAACUCCAUCCUCCAAAGCCUCCUAAAUCUAAACUGCUUCGUUCAAGAGAUCCACAAGCAGCUGCCUGUGUGGCGCUUUCUCCCCGGAUCUCAGCUCUUCAGAUGGUUUCUAGAUAUUGAAGCCAGUCGCUUCACCAACAUCAGAGAGGACAAAAUGUUGGUUCUAUCCACUUUUAAAUGGACUGUCGCUGAAUAUAAUUCAGAUUUUGACGAUGACGAGCAGAAGGAUGCCCAUGAGUUCCUCGUUUGUGUUCUGGACAUAAUGAGGUCUGUGUCAUCUGAGGUUGAGCUGACAGCUGUAAACUCUGGCCUGACCUACACGUGCCCAGUCCAGGAACACAUUACACUUCAGAUGUUAAACGUCAGAACCUGCAGGGGAUGUGGUGAGCAGUCCUAUAGAUUGGAGGACUUUGUUAACCUCAGUCUGGACCUGGUACCAGGGGGAACGGUGGGCCAGUGUCUGCAGGAGUAUCUCAAGGAGAACCAGAUAGAAUUCACAUGCCACUGUGGAGCGCAGCAGUCGUCCCUGCAGAGCUCUUUCUCCACCCUGCCGAAUGUGCUGAUCCUGCACCUAAAGCGCUUUAUAGUCACCAGGUCCUACACUGUCAACAAGAUGAAGAAUCCCAUCACUUUGUCAAAAGAACUUGUGCUGAAGGAAGAGUAUAUGGCCAACAGAAAUACGACAGCUCGUUAUUCUCUGGUGAGCGUCGUCAGCCACAUGGGCUCCAGUGCUGACAGUGGUCAUUACAUCUGCGACAGUAUCUACGGAAGGCCGGAUAUGGGGGAUUCAGCCAACCUUUGGCUAACAUAUAAUGAUGAGCGUGUUAGCCAGACAACAGCAGAAGAUGUCUGUCGCCGAAGAGAAACAACUGCUUUCCUGCUGUUCUAUGAAAAACAGGCCCUUGAAGAGCUAACACACCUGCCAUCAGGGCUGCAAUAUUGACUGCAGCAAGCAAUGCCACAAAUUACUACAGUGGCUUGCAAAAUUAUUCACAUGUCUUUAACUUUUCCACAUAUUGUCACAUUACAACCAAAAAUACAAAUACAUUUUAUUGGAAUCUUAUGUGAAAGAUAAACUGCUAUACAACUGUGAAGUAGCAAGAAACUAAUACAUGGUCUCUUUUUUUAAACAAAUAAAAAACUGAAAAGAGCAAUGUGCAAAAGUAUUCAGCACCCAGUAAAUAUUUCUUGGAACCGCGUUUUGCUGUAAUUACUUCAAGUCUGUACCAGUUUUCCACAUGUUGUGACUGAAAUUUAUGGCCAUUCUUCUUUGCAAAAUAGUUCAAGCACAGUCAGAUUAGAUUGAGAGCGUUUGUGAAUAGCAGUUUUCACACCUUAUCAGAUCCACAGAUUCUUGAUUCGGUUUAAGUAAGAGGUCGACCGAUGCAGGUUUUUAAGGCCGAUACCGAUUAUUUUGACAUCAGGCAAAUCGAUAACCGAUACGUAAAAAUUAAAAUAAUACAACUGAAAAUGUUGAGUACAACACAAAGUAUCCAUCUUAUAAUAAACACACUUUUGAAAUUCUCUUUAAUUUCAUAGUAACAUUUACCCAAUGAUAUUUAAUUACUCAAAUGCAGACUUUGGUGAAUUAAAAUCUGCCAUAAAUUUGAUUAUUAAAAUUGGCUAGAAAUUAAAAUUGGAAAGAACUGACCCAAAUACUGUUCUUAUAUUGCUAGACCAAAAAGAGUUAAAUUUUUUAUUGUUAA